GAGCGCCAGAUGCUUGCAGAGCUUGACGAGAUGCCCACCUUCCCCGACGGUGAGCGCUCGGGCAAAGGCCAGGGCACGGGCCGCUUCACCCAGCGCAAGCGCCAGGAGUUUGCCUCGAUGCGGGACACCAUCACCACCGAGGUGUCAGAGUCGGUUGCCAAGACCAUCACCUCCAAUCACAACACGUUGCUCAAGAUGUUGUCGUCCAUGCAGGGCGAAGUGGCAAAACAAUCCAGUGCCAUCGAGAGCCAGGUUCAAUCGGCGAUCGCACCCAGACUCGACUCGCUCAACAGACGCCUCCAAGCCCAGCUUGACGAGCAGAAGCGCAGCAUCGACGCGCUGGAGGGCAGAGCCGACGAGCAUGACAAGUCCAUCCAGGAUCUUCAGGACCAGCUGGCGGAGCUUCGUCGCCAGAUGGCCAUCGCUGAACAGACUCCCAGGAAACAGCUGGUUGCUCCCACCUCCUUCGACCGCGAGGAGGACACCACGAUCGUUGUUGCCGUCUCACAGCGACCGACUACCUUGGCGUCAGUGGUCUCAUCGCUACGCCCGUGGCUCGGCGAGAUUGGCUUUGAUGACGAACAGUCUGAAAUCAAGCAGAAGGGUGAGUCCCCGGCCAGGAGGUUCGAGAUCUGCUUCUCGGGCUCGGCCACCAUCGCCUCGCGCCGUGCCAGCAAGGCCACCUCGCUCCUCAAGGGACCCGACGGCUGGAAAGAGUUCUGGGUCGACCCUCCAGGCGCCGAGCGUUGCCGUUUGCACCUCGGCCCCGACAAGUCACCCAAGCGCAUCAAGACCGAGGUCACCCUCCGCAAGGCCAGGGCGAUCAUCGAGCUGCAGUACCCAGGCAAGCGAUUCUACUCCGACCGCGAGCAUGGCGUCCUCUCCAUUGGGUGGGACAAGAUCAUGCAGGUCAACGUCUUCCAUGGCGACACCCCGCCCAAGCUCUACUGGGACUCUGCGCAGCUUGCCAAGCACGCCAUGGCUAUCGACACGCUCCGCAAUGCUGUCAAGGCUGGCGGGGAUAAGGCCAUCCUGAAGAGACAGUAUGUUCUCAGUCUUCGUCCCCUCUCCACGGUCAUCGCGCUGCAGGAGGUGCACCAGGACCACUUCCAGCUCGACUCGUUCUUCCGAUCGAUUGCGUCGGGCCUCACGAUCCACUCCAGCUUCAUCUCUGACGCGGAUGACGGGCAUCGGCGAGUUCGUGAAGUGGCUGCUGCGAUACGAGUAUCGCAACGUGCUGCCGCCCUCGACCCCGACAUGUACACCACCUUUGUUCUCGGGGACUUCAAUUUUGCCACGCAUGUGGCUCUCGCGCUCGCUGCCCCCGCGGCGGCCGUGCGCAAGCUGUCGAAGUGCCACCACGUGCAGGCGCCCAAGUGGCGCCAGGCCCUCGCCCUCCUGACUGAGAUUGCGUGCGAGGACCCCACGCACUACGAGAAGUUCAACGACUCGUGCGCGACGAUCGACCGCGUCUUCUGCUCGAUCACGGGCUGGCAGCUCUGCCAGCUGUUUGUCCAGAUUGGCACGCUUGGCUCGCCGGCGGCCGUCUUUGACAAAAAGAUCUCUGACCAUGCUGCCGUUGUUCUCUCGCUUGCCUGCCGCCCGCCUCGCCCAGCGGAGUCCCGCCCCAUCCCCAAGCACCUGUUCUCUGAGCCUGGUUUCAAGCGUCGCCUGGAGGGGCUGUGCUCCUGCAUCCCGUGGGACUCCAUGUCGCCCCCGUUCAAGGUUGAAAAGUACAAGGAGCUUUUGAAGAUUUCGGCCGCGGAGACCAGGGACGCCCUCUUUCGAGACAGACCACAUCACCCGCACACCUGCCUCCUGCUCGCUCGUGCCCUCGCCCGUGUGGUUUGGAGACAAGACCUGCGCGUGGCUUCCAGGCUCCAGGACUCCCACCCCCUGGCCAUAGACAUGAUAUCGAUUACCAACGGGAAGGUCGAGAUCCGCCACCCGCCGUCCUUCCAGGCUUGGGUCGACCAGGUCCAGACUGAGGCUGCUGCGUCCGCGAAGAUUUUUCUGCCCAAAAACGUCACGGACUUGGAGCUCCGCGAUGCCAGCUGCUCCCGCUCCCCAGACAAGGUUCGGGUCUUGGGCCUCAGGAACUGCGACUUGAAGCUCAUCUCGUCCACGGUCAAUCGGGCGAUACGACCCGCCCUGGUUUCUCUCGCCCCGCCGUGCCAGCGUGGAUUCAUCCCGGGGAGGAAUUUCGGCAACAACAUCCUCGAGUUCGACGUGUCGUCUCGUCAGAUGUCGGUCGUGCCUCACGGGUCUACCGAUAUCCCUGUAUUGUAUUCCUUGGACUUCGGCCAGGCCUUCCCGUCCCUGAAUCAGGACUUCCUCAUUCUCUCCCUUAGGGCCCUCAAGCUGCCCGAGGCUUUCGUGUCCUUCGUCACGUUCCUAUAUGCAUCGGUGGAAGGGGUUGUCUCGCACCUAGGCUCGCUUGUGCACAUCUUCUGGAUCCAGAGCGGCAUCAUCCAAGGUUGUGCCUUAUCUGGCACUCUCUAUGCGUUGGGUACGGCUGUCUUCUUGGUCGACCUGGCGUCUCGGGUGGAGGCCGCUGGCCUUGGCCUGGUUCGGGCCUGUGCUGAUGACAUUGGGGGCACGUUAUUGGCCAUUCGCCACCUAGCUCAUGUUUAUCGGGUUAUGAAGAUGGCCUCGGACUUGGCCAACCUCGCCUUGAAGGUCUCGAAAUGCAAGAUUGCCCCGCUGUCUGACAGGUUCUCGCCCAACCUCUCCGCCACAGUCUCCUACUGGGUCUCCCAUCUGGUCCCCGAGUGGAGCUCGUUCGAGGUGGCUCCCAAGCUGCUCUACCUGGGCCUCUGGCUGGGGCCCGCUGUUGUUCCGUCCACUUCGUGGAUUGACCCCGUCGCCAAAUUGCGUCUCAGGGCCCGAGCCAUCGGGCGGGGAACCACUCCCGCCAGCCUUUCCGCUACACUGUACAAUACUCGGGCCGUCACGACCAUAUCUUACGUUGCCCAAUUCUGCUGGCCACCAGCGUCCGCGCUGCAGCCUGAGUUGUCGACGCUCGCGCAGGUGUUCCGCAUCCCGCUCGGCACUUUCGCCCUCGACUUCUGGACGCAGAUCGCUCAGUGGGGCGGCCCGCGCUGCACGCGGUGGGGGCACCUGGCCGUCGCCACCAUCACGCGAGCUGCGCUGCACACGUUCCCUGGCUGGGAGAGGCUUCUCCAGCAGCUGAGGAACCACGCGAGCUCUGCCCCGCACGAUGCCACCCUGUCCAUGCUGGCGACCGGCAAGCCGUACCCGUCCUUCUGGCUGGCCCCCGCCUUUGUGGAGAACCUGGAGCUGGCCGCCGCGGGCACCCCUCCUCCUGGCCCUCUGGCCGUCUUCGGUGAUCGUGCUGCCGUCGCUGCGCUGGCUGAACUUCGUGAGAGCGGCCGGCCCCGUCCUCGUCCUCAGAGGGCUGCUCAUGAAGCGCUGCGGGCCUUUGCGAUGUUGAACAAGCCUAUCACUGACCUCUUCGUGCUGCGCCUGAGGAAGUUCGCUGGCAGGUCGGCGGGCCUCUUAUCGCACACCGACUGGGGCGUGUGCAAGAGCGUCCUCGCCCGCUGCCCGUGUUCGUGGGCCAUGGCAGUCCUGCGCACUUGGUCUGAUGGCUGGAUGACUUCGGCCCGUAUCAUCUCUCCUGAUGGGCAGAAGCAUUGCGUUUUUGGUUGUAUCGGGAAGCUCGACUCGUUGCGGCACUAUGCGAGAUGCCCCGUCAUGCACCGUGCCCUUCGACAGGCUCUCGCGAGACCGUUCCCGCUCCCGUGGAUGUCCAGAUGGGGCUUAUCUGAGCCCUCGCUGGCCACCUUCUCGGCAAUGGCGGCCGCCUACAACAUGUACAACGAAGCGAGGCUGGCGCCCGUGUGGCCCCUGUCCCCGCCCCUCCUCCGCAGCUGCGCUCUCGCUGGUGUACGUUCGAUGCAGCUUGCGUCACCGCUGAAGUGCUCGGAGAUCGACCGCGACCAGCUCGGCCGACGGGACUACCUCAUCCGCA